AGUGUGCCUUCCCACAGGACUCUGGAUAAUCGUGUUUAAUUGACAGUUACUUUUUCCCUCCAUUUCUCUCUGAGUGUUUCCCUGCGUUUGCCUGCAGAGGACAACAAACUCUGUGGUGUGUUUGUGGAAAUCUGAAAGCUCAGCGACGUUUGCUCACAGUGUUUCUGCAGCAGCACAGCCUCACUUGAGAUUCAUAAACUUGUAUUGCACCAAAUCACAACAACAACAGUCGUCUCAUGAGUUUCCAUCAGAGCAGCUCAAGACCAAACUCUUUCAUUUGGUUUUAGAGAAACCCAACAGAAUGAUUCAUUUGAUAUCACACAGAAAUACGAAGUACAAGUACUUCAUUACUUGAGAACAUACUUGUUUUCCACUCCUGGCUGUUGAAUUAUGAACCUGCUGUGUUUCUUCAUUGCAUGUUUGAUAAAUUAUUCCAGAAGUAAAGUUGAAGUGUUGUUUUAGUGACCUGCUGAACGACUCUGCAUGAGUCUUUACAUUUCUACACUUCAGUCAUUUGAACAGACGUUUGGGUGGGUAGUAAAACGAGAUGUUUUCCCCGUCAGGUGGUGCGUGUGAACUGAUCUGGUGUCAGCGUGUUGUGUCUUAUCUUUAUGUCUUUAUGUCCCUCAUCAGGCGGCUGUGGGAGCCGCUGCACAUCUGCAGCAGACAGCAGGAAGCUUCCCAGCUCUGCUCUCCACCACAAUGGCUCCAAGCAACACCAGAGACUCUCCCGUCUCCAUGCUGUCCACCAAAGACAGACACAAACUGAGGAAACCGGUCGUGGAGAAGAUGCGGCGAGAUCGCAUCAACAGCUGCAUCGAGCAGCUCAAGGUCCUGCUGGAGAAGGAGUUCCACAAGCAGGACCCCAACGCCAAGCUGGAGAAGGCCGACGUGCUGGAGAUGACCGUGGUGUUCCUGAAGCAGCAGCUGCAGCUUCGGAGCCCGGCGGCUCGCACGGCUCACGGCGACGGCUACUCCCGCUGCUGGAAGGAGACGCUGCGCUUCCUGUCCGCCAGCUCCCUGAAGGAAGCCACGCUGCCCGACCUGCGCCGCCUCCAGGACGGCGGCCCCACGCCGGCCCUCUGCUCCCACAGCCACAGCCAGGCCGCGGCCAAGCAGCCGCCCGCCGCCGACAGAGCCGUGUGGAGGCCGUGGUAGAAGCUCCACAGCAGCACUGAUGGAUGUUCUCCGUCACUCAGCCUGUAGGAGUCUGACCUCCACAUCUUUAUUCAGCGGAUGUUUCCUUUCUUCUCUGAUCUCUCUGAAGGUCGGCGUGGAAAUGACUUUGAGCUUCUUCAUGUUGAGGAAAAUGUUCUUCGGCUUGCUGAGCCUCCUGAAGCCUCAGCAUCAGAGCAUCAGCCUGAGAGUCUGAGGACCUUCAGGGUCCCUCAGCAGACGUUUCUGUGAAAUGAGAGGUUGACACUGUGUGUUGUCCAGUUGUUACAGUCAGUGUGAAAACAAAAGUCUUUUCCUGUGGAAAAUUAAACGCACUUGUAUUCUCCAAA